CUAUGGUUAAAUAUAAACGUGCAAGCCUGUGCGAAGCCCCGCGUAAUUCUAUUGUACAAUGUGGUAGCUGCGUGCAAAGAUAUCGUAUUGAAUUGCAAGAAUAUCAGCGAAUUUCAACUACUGAGUUAAGGAAGGUGACUGUAAGCCAAUGAUUAUUGUCCAAAAUGCCUGUUAAAAAUAAUCAGGAGGAGGUUGAGGCCUGUAUAUUGUCAUCCUUGGUGGCAGUGAAAGGAUAUAAAAGAAUAGAAGAACUAGAUUCUUUGUAUUAUGACAAUGUUGGAGAGCAUAUACCCUGGCGAAGACUGGGAUAUGGUUCUUUGUUAGAUUUCUUACUGAGUAUACCAAACAGAGUCCGAGUUGAAUCACAAAAUAAUUCUUACGUUGUUAUCCCAGUUGUUAGUGACAAAGUAAAGCAUGUUGAUGAGUUGGUGGGAAAACAAAAAUCUGAGACUAAGAAAUAUUCUGUAAGAGGAAAAUCUUUUCGUCCAGCUUAUAAUUUUCCUGGUAGCCACUCUGUGGCAGCACACAUUCCAGCUGAUAUACUGAGAGAUAUUGUUCAUAUUGUAAAAAAGGUUCCAAGUGGUUUAAACAAAGAUUAUAUUUUAUCUCAGAUACGUGUAAAGUCACCAUAUCUAAAUGUCACCACUGAUGAGCUAACAAGGCAACUGGCACUAUUAUCACAUCAAAUAGUAAUAAAAGGCAACAUGGUUUAUCCUGCUGAAAAGAGAAGUCAAAGCUUGGCAAAUUCAAAUUCAGAGCAUCGUCCUUCUCAAUCUAAACCAGCAUGUUCUGCAAUAAAAUCACAAGAAUCAAAUAAAUAUAUGCCUGCUGGUUCUGAAGGUGGUAUUGAGGAUGAGUCAUUCUGCUUUGUACCAGCUGGAUAUAUUCCAGAUGUUCGCCGAAACUGUAACACCAACUACAAAAAACCUAUAUCCAAUUUUAUUGAAGAGAGUGUAGCGAGAUCUCAAGUAUCAGAAGAUAGCAGAAUUUCUAAUCAGAAUGUACAACCACAACAAAAUAAUAGUUCUGGGAGUGCAGCCAAUUUCCAAAUGAAUGAUAUAUGGCAACAUACCUGUACCAUAAAAAAUGAUGAAAUUCACAUGCAAGAAAAGUCUAAUAAAUCAAUAUAUCAGGCAGCUCUUGGCAUGAAUAGUCCUCAGGAACGAGUCUACAACAAUUUAUUGCCUGUUGAAGAGCCAAAACAAAAUGAACCUAACUAUCAGAUAGUUGAAGACAAUAAAGAAAAUGAUGAAAAUCGAUAUAAAACUGAUUUCGAAAGUUUACAGGAUCUGAUAAAUACCAGAACAAAGUUUCGAUUGGAGAUGCUCAUCCAAAAGUUUCCCGAUGGUAUAUGGUGUUCGGAAUUACCUGAAAGAUAUAGGAUCGAAUAUAAAAUCCCUUUGGAUUAUGUGGACCUAGGUUUUUCAAGUGUCAGUGACUUUGCAGCUCACCUCCCUCAGAUUUUCCACAUAGUCCAGCCAAUCGAAGGAGGCGACUUUAUUCUGUAUAAUGCCAAAAUACCUUUGCCAGAAUCCGACACAAAGAAGAGACCAUCUCAGAAACUAAAUCUUGCUUCUUAUUACUAUUUGGACCGUGAUGACGUCGAUCCUUUCCCUACUCAAAUCUCACCAGACAUCUCUGCACAAUUGAUACCUGCCGAUGUACUCACGUACGGAGAGUGCGUCGGCCAAGUAAGUGUUACUGAAUUGGGUGGACAAAAAGGCUAUGAAGCGGUGCUAGUUGAGGAAAUCUUCACACCGUCUUUCUUUUGGAUUCGAUUGUUACGAAAAUCAUCAAAACUCACGACACUUAUGAAAGAUCUUAAUGAGUUUUACUAUGCCAAAGCUCCUCAAUAUUUGAUCCCACCAGUUGUCAUAACAAGGGGAUUACAUUGUGCUUGCAAGUACCACAAUGAAUGGCACAGAUCAAUUGUAAAACAGGUCAAGCUGGAUGGAAGAGUUAGUGUCGAAUUCUAUGAUUACGGCACUCUCAAAACCUGUUUACCUGAAGAGCUUCACUUCUUGCAUCGCACCUUCUCGUGGUUACCAGCUCAAGCCAUACCCUGCGGAUUAUACAACGUAAAACCACGAAGCGGAUCUCACUGGACUCGCGGCGUUACACAACUUUUUGCAGAGAGAGUAGAUAGCGGUCCAUUAGUCGCAUCCCUUACAAGUAUCGAUACAGAAAACAACUCGAUGCUAGUGGUCCUGGUUGAUACUUCAAAAGAAGAAGAUGUACACAUUAAUGAUUGGAUGGUCCAGCAGAAUCUCGCAAUAUACGGAAGCAUGGUUCGUAUUAGGCCUCGAAAUUUACCGUAUCGACAAUAUUUAGAGUGUCAAAAGUUAAUAAGCACAAAGAGCACACCCGACACUUCGAAUAUGUCGGAAAAUGAUUUAUUAGGGAAUAAAAAAUCAAACGCGUUCACUGCUAAAAAGCAACCUGGUAAAACAUCGCUGGAGUUGCUCGAGGAAUUUUCAAAAUCAAAACCCUCAAGGGGAACUUUAAAUUACAGCGAUACAAAUAAUACAAACGCAUCGACACAAGACGUGUUGCCGUUUCAUGAAAAGAAAGUACGAUUCAAGUACGAAAUGUCAUCCAAUCGCAUAGAUAGUCAAAAUUAUACUAGCAGUCACUCAAGCAGCAAUGAGUCCCCCAACGACCAUGACUCGUUACUUCUAUUAAAUCCUGCGCAAGAUUUGCAUAAUAAAUACAAUGACGAGGAGAAUGAUUUUGGUCAUUUUCGAAGUAUGUACGGUGGACACGGUCGUAUGGAGUUUAUAGAUUGGAUAAAGCUUCGCUCAUGUGUAAAUAAUAAGACCGAAUCAUCGCCAUUACAUUCUUCACUUGAAAAAUUACAAGAGAAAGUAGUUUCAGGGACGAAAAGAGACUGCAUCAAACAAUUAAUUCCAAUUAACCAAUCAAUCCUGAAUAUUUACAAUAAUCAAUUGAAGGACGAGACCCUUUGGACAUGUGACAGCAACAUUGAUAAACAUACGUGCAACGUCACAUCACUGACAAGAUUACGAAAAAGGGCGUUUGAAGCUGAAAAAUUUCAAUGCUCAAAAUUAAGAAUACCUUCCGACGUGAUGACACUUUUACGACACAAACCUAAUGAUAAUAUUAGUGAAUCGUCAUUUGAUCGCCGCGAUAAAUCUGUCUGCGAUAUUGACGUGCAGCAUACCACUAAUAAUAUUGUUUCAAAAAAGGAAACGACAGGAAUAUCCGAAGUGACUACAGUUAUUCAAAGCACAAUAGAAACUGUUGAUAAUUUUGAUAAAGAGAACAAUGAUCGGAAAGAAAUUGAAUGUCAACAAGGCAAAAGUAAAGUUCAUCGUACGAGAAAGAAUCGGUACGCGCAGCUUAUAGCUUUUGCGCAAAGUACAGCUCAAAAAAAACUAUUGUUACAAGAGAGCAGUGAUGAUUGUUCUGAACGAGUAGAAAGUUUGAAAGAUUUGAGAAGUAUUAAAAAACGGAAGUCGCUACAGAAUGUUGAGAAUUUUUCGAAAAUCGUUGAAACACAUAAGGAUAAUAAAGAGAUUUUAAAGAGUCAAACGAAGAAAUUGAACGACAGUCAUUUGGUCAGUAUGAAAAAUGAGAAUUGUAUGACGGAAAAUGGAAAGGACAAUGACGUGGUAUCACACUCCGAAAGUAAAAUUGAGAAUUCAGUAAGUGAGGAAAAGUUAGUAAUAAAUAAUAAAUCAAAAGAUUCACUUCGGGAUUCAUUUUUGAAAGUCAUGGAAGGCUCGAAUAAGGUUCACGGUUCUGACAUUGAUUCUGAUGACUUCAGCACAUGUCAUGACGAUUUAGAUAGAAAUAUGUUAAAAAGACAAUUUUAUAAUAAGACAUAUAAUCAAGAAAGCUCUCGAGGGCCUAUAAAAGAAAUAAUCGAUAAGAAUAUUUUGACGGAAAAGAAUGAUUCGUUCAAUGAUUUGAAAAAAAAUAUAAAAACAGCAUCAGUAAAUGUAAAUGUAGAGCAAACCAUUGAUUUUUUUUCAGAUAAUGAACAAAACGUUACUGUUUUGAAAGAACCGACUGCGAUAGAAAAUCAUGAUGAGCCUUGUGCCAAAAAAAUAAUUGAGCCACUUCAAAAUAAUAAAGAGAUAACAAAAAGUACGAAUGAGGGUCGUGUUAUCAAUGCACGGAAUGCGAAUUUAAAAAAUGCUACUACUUUAAUUUUCAAUGAUAUUGAUAUGGAAUAUGAUAGUGACGGAUCAGAGUGGGAGAUUUGCCUGAAUAUGAAUGACUUAAAGAAAUAUUUGAAUGUACCAGCGGACGUUCAAAUAAAAGAAAUAAGCGAUACCACUUCCAGUACAAAAAGUAUUAAAAGUGGAAUAGAAUCAGAAAUAGAUGAUUCAUACGGUCAAGGAAGCGAUGUUGAAGCAAUUCCAAAAGUGAAUGAACCUAUAGAAAAGACUGUAGAAUUUUAUACCAAAGAAACAGCAAAAAUUAUCAACGACUAUAAUAUCGAGUAUAAUAACAACAAAUGCGAUAGUACAAUUGAUUUAUCGUUUAACGAUGCUGAAUACAGCGGAGAUGCAAGUAUUUCGGAGAAUCUAGAAUCUGACAGCGAUAUAGGAAAUAAUACUAUGAAAUUAGAUAAAAUGCAAGAAAAAUAUAAUGAAAGUCAAUCACGUGUACAAACUGUAAAUUUGAACCAAGUUUUCGAUACAACCAAAAAUCAAGAGAACGAGGAACAAUGUUAUGAAAUAUAUGACAAUGAAGACUCUGAGAAAGUAACGAAUCUUUUAGUAGGCGAGAAAUUUCAAGAGUCUGAGAUCAGUAAGGACUCACUUAACAUGAACAAGUCAAAUGAUUUGGAUAUAGAGAAUAACGUCAAGAAUUUUGAAAAUCCAGCUAAAAUGCAAAAAGAUUUGUCCCUUUUGAGCGAAAUUGGUAAAUGUAAUUUACGUCGUCAAUUUGAGACAUUACAACUUGCUCCGAAUAGUUUAAAUUCCAACGCCUCGAGCAACGACAGUAUCCCAUAUAAAAACAAAUCUCCGUUUUUUAAUGUAUUCAAAUCUUUGUACACUCCAAAAAAAUAGGGAGUGGCAUGAUGUUUUGUUUCUCUCUAUAGCUUUGUUUUUUUUUGUUUUUUAAUAGACUUUCAUGUCUCUAGCAAUAAUGAAAUUAAUCAAUGUUUUUUAUGCAUUUAUGUAACGCAUUUUCUUUUAUAUAUCUUAAUUACCACACAUAAGUAAAUUUAAUCGAAGGCAAUCAGAUUUAAAAUUCGUUAAGUUAUCACAGUAUUAUAAAGUUCGUGAGAACAGUGUAUUAUAAUUUUUGUUUUAAACAUAAUAAAGAGUUUAUCGCAAAGUAAAAGUCCGCUUCUCCUUAUUUUACCGGAAUUUACAUAGAUGUGAAAAAAGGAC